GAAACUUAGAAUUAUUAAUAAGGAUAUUAAAUAAAAUGAGGACUAUUGAUUUCAUUGUUCUAAUUAGUGUUUGACUCAUAUCUAAUUUAUGAGAUCCUCUCGUUGUUCCACUAUUGCCCUUACAAUUGGCAGACCAUGAUAUAAGCGAAGCCAUUUUUGGCUACAUUUUUGCGAUCAAUCCUGCUGCUUCAAUGUUUGGUGCACUUUUUGUGGCGAAAUUAAUGAACGCUUACGGGCGUAAGACUAUUCUCAUGCUUGGAAUCUGCACUCUGGGCCUUGCUCUGAUUCUUUUCAGUUGAAUCAGCUUCAUUGAAGACUCUAAUACAGCUGUUGCAUUUUGUCUGCUAUCCAGAGCAUGCCAAGGAUUCUCGAUUAGUAUGAUACAGACUACUGCCUUUGCUGUAAUUUCAGUUAUGUUCAAAGAGCAAAAGCAAACUUACUUUUCAUACUUGGAAGGAGCCCAAGGACUUGGGAUGGUUGCUGGACCUGCUGUUGGAGGAGUCCUGUAUGUAACAGUUGGGUUUAGAGGUACAUUCUACUCAUUAGGAGGAUUUUUGCUGAUAAUGCUGCCAGUAGUAUAUUACAAACUGCCUGAAUUGACCGAUGACCAAGAAACUCCAUUGUUGCACCAGAGUAGUGCAAGGAGUGAUCAAGAAUCGAAUCAGAGUAGUAUCUCAGUAAGAAGCUCAAUGGCAUUGAAUGAAGCGAGUUACUUAGGUUUGUUGUGCAAUACUGUAUUCUUUUUAACAACAGCAACUGUUGUACUAUCAACUUUGCAAUUUGCUUACUUUUUACCAGUGAUUCCAAUUGAGCUCAAACGCUACAAUCUUUCAGACUUGCAGGUGUGUCUUUUCAUGAGCUUGAACUCAAUUGGCUACUUGUUAUGCACUCUAUUGUUUUUGCCUUUGUUGUCCAGAGCAAUCAACAACAGAGUAAUUAUUGCAUGGAGUCUGUUUCUGGGAGGCUGCAACCACUUGUUAAUUGGGCCCAGCAAGCCUAUUCCUCACAAUUUCAUUCUGAUGAUGAUUGGGCAAGUGUUGGUAGGAAUCUUCUUGAUUUCUUUGAUGAUUCCGUCACUAGUAGUCAUGAUUGAGAAUGCAGAGGAGAGAUUCCCAGCAAAGAAAGCUAGUGUUAACAAUCUAUCAUCAGGAAUCUUUAACUUUUGUGUAAAAUUUGGCCAAACUUUUGGAGCUCUGUAUGCGAGCCACUUGUCAGAAGUACUAGGAUUUAGAAAUGUAUGAACAACAGUAGCACUGACUAUGAUAUUGUUUUGAUCAAUUUACACUCUAAUAUGAGCAUCUAAAUUCAUUGCCCUAACGAAAGAUCAGUUCUCUCUUCCUGAUAUUCCAGAAGAACCCUCAAAAAAUACUCCUAAGCUUAAAAUUGUUACCCCUAAAUCCUCUUUCAUCCCUGAAGAGUUCAGCCUUCCCACCCAAAUAUCAGUUAUCCCCAACCACACCACCUACGAGAGCACAAUGAGCACAACUCAGAACAUUCCCAAUAAAAACACUCUAUUUAGUAUAUAACUAGAGC